AGAAUCUUUCGACAUCAGCAGGCUCAACAAUCGGGACAUAUGGCCUAUAGUUUCCGAACUCAGUUUUAAAUGUGAUUCAGUGCAAUGGAAAUGUUAAGUGAAAACCCCACGAAAGCAUUGGCGCAACCAAACCUUUGUCUCUCAGUAUAGAAGAAAAAGAAGAAACAGUUUAGGACGACGACCGAAGGAAUCAUCAAUGCCAGUCGUCGUCGGGCUUCUCCAUCUGUGCUGGUUGUUUUCUCAAGAAAGGUGGGCGGUAUUGCAGAAUCCCACCUACGUUUGAAGGCUAUGGAGAAGCAUAUUGUCUUGCUAUGUAUCCUAGGCUUCUCGGCGGAUCCUUUUAUUUGCAUCGUGCGAUAAAAUGUAAACUGUGUUUCCAUCAGUGUGCUCCCAUGCUUUAGUCUGGUAGCAGCACACAUGAUUCAGACACCUUCAAUGAAGUGAAGAUAUGCCGUUAAUUCAAUGUGAAUUUCUUGCCUGAUCGAGGUAGAAGUAUCACACGUGUAAAUGCCUUGUGUGACCCCGAGGAAGUUCGUUUCUAAUCAAAGUGAAAUAGCGACCCGUCAUCUGUUCGUGCUUCACACUAUUGGCCUUGUCGACAAGCUCGAUCAUGUCCGGAAUGUACGGUCACAAUCGCGAGGCAGUUCGCGUGAAAGUGAAGAAAUGUGAGAAAAAUAUUCCAUCAGAAACGAGAAAAUUCAGCGUGGAUCCGCAGAUUACCAACCUCGAGGUGUUGUACUCACUGCUCGCCAAAGCAUUUGAUUUAAAAACGGACUUUGGCAUCAGCUACAAGGUGAUCGAAGCGAACGGUCAGGAGAGCUACCUCGUCGUGCUUUCCGAUUGGGACUUGGAAGCUGCCUUCCUGCGGGCCCAUAAUCAAUCAAUUGCCAGCAAAUGUGAACCGUGUUUAAAUCUGCGCGUCGACAUCAAACCAUUCUCCGAGACGUCGGAUUGGGAUGGAACGGGCGCAGCUACGAACACCAUUCCCCGCGAACUGGUGUCGCUGCAGCAGUCGAUCGGGGCCGGACAAAAGUAUGUGCAAAACAAACUGCCCGGUUUGAUUAUGAAUCAGAUGGAGAAAACAUUCUCCAUGGUUCAGCGAGCCUUCAAUCUAGUCGAGGAUCCACUGCUGACACAACCGAUUCGACCACCGUUGGCAGAUGCUGAAUUUCGAAAGCUACAAGAUUCGGUUGGUCAGAUAGUGGCACCGGAGCAGUUGCGCAAGGUGAUCUAUCUCGGUGGAAUAGAUCCCAGUUUAAGGCGUGUCGUGUGGAAGCACAUACUCAACGUCUAUCCGGACGGGAUGACCGGCAGGGAGAGAAUGGAGUACAUGAAAAGGAAAUCAGCGGAGUAUUAUCGAUUGCGUGAUGUAUGGCGCAGUACGAUGCAGCGAGGAAAUAUCGUGGGAGAACUAGCGUACGUAACCAGCAUGGUGCGCAAGGACGUGUUGCGCACGGAUAGGCUACAUCCCUUUUACGCCGGUAGUGAUGACAACCAGAAUAUCGCCGCCCUCUUCAAUGUACUUACUACGUACGCGCUAAAUCAUCCUGCUGUCAGCUACUGCCAGGGAAUGUCGGACAUCGCUUCGCCGCUGCUGGUCACGAUGGGUGAUGAAGCGCAAGCGUAUAUCUGUUUCUGCGCCGUAAUGGAACGGCUUAGUUGCAACUUUAUGCUGGACGGAAUCGCCAUGACGUUAAAAUUUUCUCACCUAUCCGAGGCGCUGCAGUACUACGAUCCGGACUUUUUCGCCUAUCUCAAACACCAUCAGGCGGACGAUCUGUUAUUCUGCUACCGUUGGCUGCUGCUGGAGAUGAAGCGUGAGUUUGCCUUCGAUGACGCGCUGCGAAUGCUGGAAGUGCUUUGGAGCUCAUUGCCUCCCAUGGCGCCAAAGGGAGAGCUAGCAUUGUACGAGAAAGAAUAUGAACCGCCGCCAUCGGAUGACAAUACCCAUCCACCACCGAGCCAGAGCCCAUCUGUAAUGCUCCGCACACCGCGUGAAAAUCCGUACACGAAAGUGUGUGCCCUUCGCCGUCAAAGCUCCGCCCUAUCGUUGAGCUCGUCGUGCUGCACCUCGACGAAUCCCCAAAGCUCGAGUCGCUAUGGAAGCGGACCCGGUGUCGGACUCGGUGGACGCUUGGACGCAACGAGACGCCUAAAUCUCAGUCUGGACGAAAACAUUACGAGGGAAAACGUGUACUCCAACCGAGUUGGGCACGUGCAAAAGGUACACCAAAGUUUGGACGAGGCAAAGAUUGCGUUAGUAAAGCAGCGGAAAAUCGUACGCAGUGUUGGAGACGACGAAGACAUACAGGAGGUAGAGCUCGUUCAGCAGCAGCAACCGCGAGAGGAAGAAGACAAUGCGACGGACAUAGAGGAUAGUGUAUUUCAUUCGCCACAGCACCAAACGAACCGAAAAGCACCGUACCCGAGCAGUAGUAAUCCCUUUUUUGGCGAUUCUCUUGAAAGUAUUUGUCCGCCAGAACCAGAAGAGGAGCUGGGGCGAGCACCGGAGUCACCGCUCGACUUCAGGCCAGAGUCGACAGAAGCUGAACCCACGAACAGCAGUAGUGCGGCCAGUAGUGUACGCAAUUCACCCGUGAUUGGGCGCAGUCGGAGCCUGUUCUCCACGUCGGCUGCCACAGGAAAACUGAUCGCGCGGCAGUUGAGCAAUCAAAAGAAACAUUUCACUGGUGGCGGUAGUGGUGGUGGAUCAUCGUCGAGUGGUGCAGGAAAUGGGUCCGGAAUAGGACAUUUUCACGAUCUCAAAGAGAAAAUUGCCGCCAGUCGAAAGGGGAUAUUUGGCUCACAAGAUAAGACCUCGGGACCAUCCACCGACGAGCGAGGAACGGUUCUAUUGUCCGAAUCGCACGGCGACAGGGUGAAGCCGAAGUUGGUGAAAAACUUUAACGAGUUCCUAAACUUUGCGGCCAUAAACAAGAGCCGCAUCAGUGAUCGGUUGGCAACGAAAAAGUUGCUCGCAAAUUCAUCCACCACCAACGUGACAAACGCCAGUAAGGGCACCAUAAAUAACAGUGGAUCGAUUGAGUCGACUACCAGCAGCUAUACGACGACCGGUGGAGGAGGCAUGGGAGGUGGAGCAUCAAGGGAUGAUUCGACGGAAACGAUUGAAUACAACGAACUGAAACCGAAGCCUGUGAUCAAGCUGACCAAAUCAUCGUUCGAUGAUUCCGAUUCGUCGGCCACAAGCGUUGGCGUGGUGCUGGAUUCGAUGGCUACCACGGCGGCGCUUUCACGAUCGAGUGAUAAUAGUAGCUUCAUCGUGGAUGAUAGUUCUGCCUCCGGCUCCCCGAUACACGUGCGCAAGGGGGAAGAAAAGGACACGACGAUGAAGGUUACAUCACCACCAGUGGAGCCCAAUGAAGAAGGCUUAUCGUCCCAACGCCCGGAGGAAUUGUUUAUGGGAGGUUCUUACGCUGCGACGGGGGCCGCCGCGGAUGGUAGUAGUCCCGACGACUCGCAGGAAUACUUUCCCAUGACCACAUCAAUGACAAGGGAGCUACGGUUAGAGCUGGAAAACCUUGAUCGGCAUGUUUUCGGUAAUGAUUUCCACAGCAAGCAACAGCGGGUUUUCACACUCAGCAGUUGUGUCGACAUGGAAACGCCUCCCGAAAGUGGUGACUCCCUCGAGCGCGCCGUCGGUAUCCAGGGGGUUUCUCCUUCCACUAUCACCACCGUGGUGGAGAUCGACCAAGACACAACGACAACCGUCACGUCGAUUGCGUACAGCAAGUUGGACAAUAAUGGAAGCCUACCGCGAUCAUUCGAUACCACGAUGGAGAUACAAUCGAUCGAUGAAAUCUGUGAUCGUUCCGACGAUCAUCGUCCGGAGCAAGUGGAAGAAGAAGGGUUGGCUGCGGCGGCGGUAGUUGUACGGUAUCGAGAGAAACCGGGCCGUCGCCGGCAAGGCACCGGUGGUUGUCCCAGUAGCAUCAUCAGCGACAACCGUGACAGUAAACGCAUCAGCACGUCGAGCGCCAACGUCACGAGCAGCGACGUGUUCGUUUGGGAAAAUCCGCUCCACCAGGAGUGUGUGGACGACAACGCUAUAAGCCCGGUAUCCGGCGGGAUGGUGACCGGGGAGGUGACUCAGAUUCACCAGCGUACGGCCACAACACCCGACGAGCAUCCGGAGCUGGAGUACGAUGGGGAAAUUAUCGAAGAGACAACAUUGGGCAAGAAGUCUGUCACCCCAAUACGGUUGGUGCGACGCAACGGGGAUCGUUCGGUGCCGUGUUCGGCGCGCAAUUCUAUGAUACUUCCGGACUCAUCAGACUCCUCGUGUGACUCACCGCUGGCACGUUCACCCGCAGCCGUGAAGUUUAAAUUUCAUCCCAAUAAUCCCUUUUUUGAUGCGGAAUCAAGUGCGAUCGACAAUCGCCCCGUCGGAGUGUGCUCAUUACCCCGUGCCGGUGUUACAGAUGGUGAAGAACUCGUUGCUGGCGGAGCACUAGAGGAAGCUACCGAAGCUUCGGCAAUCAUCAUGGGUGUUUCCGCCAACGAUACCCUGCUCAAUAAAACCUUCGAAGAAAAACCAUCCCCAUCAGCAUCGUCGGUCGAACCGAAUCCACUUGACGUAGGUGGUGCAGGUGCCUCCAGUAUCGUCACUAUCGCCAGCACUAUGAAAAUCGCCGGAGCCCUUCCACCGCCACAAGAAUUCGGCGGAGGCAACCCAUUCCUGAUGUUCCUCUGCCUGACGAUACUGCUGCAGCACCGAGACUACAUCAUGAAGACGGGUAUGGACUACAACGAGAUGGCUAUGCACUUCGACAAGAUGGUCCGCAAGCACAACGUAACCCGCGUGCUAAACCAGGCACGUCAAAUGUACGCUGAAUACCGCAGGCUCUACCAGCAGCAACUUUCUCAAGCGGGAACGGUGAGUAGAGCGUCGAUGCCGGGUUCGGUUUCGAUGAUGGCCAGCAGUUUCCAUGGCACACAAAGUAUCGGACUCGGUGGCGGUAACAUGGACAGCUUACUAAGGAAAGCUUCGGCACCGGAAGUGAGCUCGGCGCGAAGAAAUACCGGAGGCGAUUUGACACUGGUGACGUAGUAUGGUUUAAGUUGACUGAAACAAAACUUUACCGCGAAGAUCAAUGCGGUGUAAUGUGUUCCUUUUUUGUCAGGAUUUUUACUUUGCUUUUGUUAAAUUGUAAUUAUCACACAUCCCACUAAAUAUUUAAGUUGAAGGGAGUGAGGUAAAGUUAAGCAAAAUAGCUGUUGACUAGUGUCAACAUUUUCUUCUCAAUCCAUGUAGAAUGCAAUUUAAAUCGUGAUAUUUUUUAUUAGAUACACACGCAACGAUGUGGUUCAACGGUGUUGGUUUUAU